GUUCGCUAAAAUCAGUAAAAUGUCGCGACAAUAAUUUCCUUUCCAAUAUGGCGGAUGGUGUGCCUAUUUUACUUGAAUUUAGUGGUGGUGCUGAACUAUUGUUUGGUAAAGUCAAGAAGCAUAAUGUCAUUUUGCAAGAAUCUGAAAAGCCUUGGACAAUUAAGAAAUUGUUGUUCUGGAUAAAAGAUAAUUUACUUCAAGAACGACCUGAGCUUUUCAUUCAAGGAGAAUCUGUACGUCCUGGAAUAUUGGUUCUCAUCAAUGAUGCAGACUGGGAAUUAAUGGGAGAGACAGAAUAUAUCCUUCAAGAAAAUGACAAAGUCGUGUUUAUAUCAACUCUUCAUGGUGGUUAAAUAUUAAAUUUGGAGAGAUUUGAGUAGCAAAAGAAAACAGUUUGAAGAAAUGAUAAAAGUGAAAUAAUGAAUUUCAGCAAUAAUUGAACAAGUAGGGUGGUAAAAAUCUGAGAUCAUUAUCCAAUGCAGUAAUGAAAAUGACAUUCACUUAUGGAGGUUUGCGACAAUGUAAUCGUGAUUGUCACAUAUGCAAUAGACACAGGGAUUUAUAUUUAACAAAAUAAAUGUAAAAAUGUCAAUAUUGCCUGUAUGGCAGACUCUUGUUUGCUGGCAUUCCAAGUCUUUCUACAUCAGAAAGGUGCUUAUAAACAUGGCUUAGACUAAUUGUAGGGACUGUACAAAAAUCUUAACAGUUUUGUACUUUGCAGACUUGCAUGAGUAGACAGAAAAAGGAAAACACUUUGGUC